AUAAAAUUUCAAAUAUUCAAGUAAAACGUAUUUGUUGUAUAUAUAUCCUGUAAUAAAAUAUCCAUGUGUAGUGAACAAGAGCAGAAGCAAAAUUUUACAAAUUUAAUAGUUGGGAAGAUUGCUUAUAUUCCAUAAAAAUGAAAAUUGUAACUGACAGUCUACGUGAGUAUAUACAGGUGACACUGGACAACAACAAAAAUGCUUCUGAGUUAAUAAUGUGCAAUUCUUAAUGAUUUCAACGUCCUAGACGCGGAUAUAACCAUAAAAAUGUGUUAUUGGCCCUAUUUAACGAUAACUCCAUGUGAUCCAUAAGAUAUUUUAUUAGGUCCAGCUAUAAGAUGAACAUUUUUAAUAUAUCAAAAAAAUCGAAAUAGUGCAUCAUACUGUAUCAGAUCACGAUGAUCAUACCCAGGAAGGUCUAUCGCAUCGCUGUCGUAAAAGUAUGCAAUCACUGACGUAAGAAUACGCAAUAGGGAAAUAUAUAAAGCAGGACACCAUAGUAAGAGCGAUUUAUUUCUGUUACUUUUUGUGCUAAACGUCAUGUUAGAUGUAAAUUCAGAUGCGUUAGGUUAAAUGUAAUUUCAGCUGCGUUAUAAACACUACUUAAGUGAUUCAGAUAGUGUCAAUCAACAAGUAUUAAUGUCUCGUAACUAUCAAUAUUGCGGACAAUUUUUGUUACAUUUGUGGGGAAGUGACUUUUGCAAAUCAGAAGAAGGACACUGCUUCAAAUGCAAAAGUGAAGAAGGCAAAUCAUCUGUAUUUCGGGUGCAAGAUCGGUGACCAGGACAAGUCCAGGGCCCCACACAUAUGUUGUCGUACGUGUGCAACAAAUCUGUCACAGUGGAUGAAUGGAAAAAGAAAGUCGAUGCCCUUUGCCUUUCCGUUGGUUUGGAGGGAGCUCAGCAAUCACAUAACUGACUGCUACUUCUGCAUGGUGCUUCCUGUUUCUGGAGGCAUUACAAAGAAGAAGAAGUGGGCAAUAGCGUAUCCAAAUAUACCCUCUGCUAAAGACUUCCUGUUCCCGAAACUCCGGCAGAAGUUCCUUCAGACGAUGACGAUGGAGACGAAAUGACCCUGGAGUUUCCUGGAGUUUUCCUUCGAAGGCGGAUGAUCAUCAGGAAACUUAUCCUGACUUCAGUCAAGGUGCAUCAUCUGCGCCACACAGAAUAACGCAGGAAGAACUGAACAAUCUCGUUCGUGAUCUGGCGCUGUCAAAAAAAUAAAGCAGAAUUACUAGGCUCAAGACUUCAGCAAUGGAAUCUUCUUCAGGAAAAUUCAACAGGUCACUUAUGAUCACCACGUCGAUCAAGAGAUCAAAGACUGUCUCCAACUUCAGGGGCGAGUCGUGCCAGGGCUGGUGGAUUACAAUAUACAACUGACAAAUGUAUGUCAAAUGCAUGUCAGCCUAUUGUGAUCAAAUAUAGAUUUAAGUGCACCUAGUACAGUUAGUAUUCAGGAUAUAAUCUGUUUUUGUAUAUCUUUUGUCAAGAUGUGUAUUUUAAGCAUGUGUAGUGUACCUACUGUAAGAACGUUAAUAAAUAUUUCUAGUGGCUUUACGUUGUUUUACUCUUGUAUGCAUAUGCAUUUUGGGGCAUUUUUUUUUCAAGAACGGACCUAUCCGUUAUAUAUCCUAAAUUAUGUAUCCUCUGUAUUAGUUUAUUUCUGAAGUUGUCAAAUUUGUAAGUCAGUCGUAAGUUUUCCGAUCCGGGGUAUAAGGCCUGGGAAGCUAUUCCAUCCGGUUGGUUCAUUGACUGUGUCAAACAGCAGCGGCAAGUCACAUUAGUAACUUAACUGGUCAAUGUGGCAUGUAGGAGUUAAAGCCGGGCGAUGAUAACAUAUCGUGUUGAGUAUUGACAUUCGUCGGAGGUUGAAAACCUGUCAGAACGCUUGGUUCGAAAGGUUUUUCCUGAUGUAUAUGUCAUCCUUUUGAUAACUUAAGUUUUUCAGUAAAAAUUACGAUUAAGAUUCCUUGAAGAAAAUGGCGGAUGUUGCUACAACUGGCGUGGAAAAGAGCCUUGACGACUUCUUUGCCAAGCGGGAUAAAAAGAAGAAGAAAGAAAAGGGCAAAGCGAAGGAACCGGGGACAGGGAGCGCGUCGAUCCCCGUAAAAAAGACGAAGAAAGAGAAAGAAAAGUCGAUGAAAAACGAAAACCAAGACGCGCUGGUCGAGAAGGAGGAUGAGGAGUGGAAGGAGUUUGAGCAUAGGGAAGUGGACUACAGUGGCCUGAGGCUUCAGGCUCUGCAGAUAAGUGAUGAAAAAGAAGAGGAGGAAUAUGAGAAGGAGGAGGUAGGAGAGGAUGGAGAGGUCAUCCUGGUCAGUGGAGAUAAAGUCUCUGGCCCCUGGAACAAGUCCGGCGCUCCUGCCCCAGUUGCUCCUGUGGAGGAGAAAGAGGUCCCUGAGACCAAACCUACUGGGGUGUAUCGUCCCCCUGGGGCCAGGUUUACCACCUCGAAGAGGGGCCCAUCACAGGGGCCUCCAGAGAUCUUCAACGAAGCCCAGUUCCCCUCACUGCUCGCUACUGCCAAACAUGUGGAGACUCGCAAGGACAGAGAGAUUGAGAAGACCUUUGAGGUCGUGAAGCACAAAAACCGUGCCAGAGAGGGGGAGGGCCAAGCUUCCAUGCAACAGUUACAGCUGGACAACCAGUUUGCCAUUCUGGGGGAUAAGUAAACGCCACCACCUCCUCGGCCCCUCCUCAGCCCACAACCAUGGUGCAGUCCAAACUGCAGGCCAAGAUGACCUGCCGCUGUGCUGAUGCAGUCCUGACCAUGUUGGAGAUGCCUGCAACACACACACACACACACACACACACACACACACCUACACCUCACACCCUCUCUACAUAGUCAUCCUCUCUCUCACAUGCAUACAUAGACAAACACACAUGCCCAACAAAGAAACUCACAGAUGCCCUCAUAUAUUACAUGCAAACUUGGCUGGCCAAGGUCCUCUCUAAUGCAUUCAAAAGGGCUGUGGCAAUGGGGACUGAGUGACUUUAAAAUCCUACUUUAUAAGACAGCAACCCCCAAUGAGUGAUACUGCAACAGCGGCAAAAGACGAGUAUUUGCAGUGGUGGAUUUACUCAGAGCAGUGGUUGGAUGGUUAGCUGCACCACAGGACAUCACCUAAACUCUGAGAAAAGCUACUCUGAGGAUGGACUUUUGUGAUUUUGGGUGUCGUCAGUUUAGGAACUGCUGUUGAAAUAUACUUUUCUCCUUUGCUAAAUCAGCAGUUCUCCUGAACAUUAGUUGUUGUUUUUGUUUGUUUCUUUUUUUUUGUUUUGUUUUUUUGUGACAUGAGCAAACUGGGAGCUUUGGGUUUAGGCACGAGUGAGAGGGUAGACUACCUCAGUUGCAUAUCUGUGGUUACCAUGUCGAUUAAGUCCUUAGUCUUGGUCGGCCACUGGGACAAAAACAAUCCUGGCCGAAGAGGCGCAAUUAACUCUUCAUCCUAAACUUGAAGAUUCCUCUUUUUCCCCUCCUCCCUUAUGUGAGGAAGUCUAAUAUCUGUCAACAAGGGGGAAAAGACUUUGUAUUGAAAUGGUAUUUAAAGUGGCCUUACUGUAUAAAAAAAUGAGUAAAAAGCAUAGGAAAAAGUGAUGGAAAUAUAUAAAUAUAUAUGAGUGAGAGAAAAAAAAAUCUAUCAUCCUCUUGAGAGACGCUUCCUGACUGUGUGGUAGGCUCCUGCUUGCCUGAAACUUGCCACUUUGAAGACUAAAAACCACCUUGCUGCACAUCAUUGUAUCAGAUUGCAGUGCCGAGCUGUAGUUAAAAAUGAUCUGAUUUGUCUGGACAUUGAAUAAGCAUAGUGUUUGAUUAGGCUUGCAAUUUAUUGACAGUGGAGAUUGUUUAUUGUAACAGUCCCUUUUAGGUGCUAGGCUUACUUUGUGUCCCAAAAAAUGCCCUUUGUUGAUUAACUGACCGCCACUGUCUCCCUCUAAUUUCCUUCCCACUUUUCUCCCUACUUCCCUUUUGAAUAUACUUUUUAUUUGAUUUAAUGACUGGCAAACUAUUAUUAAAGCUUAAACUUCUAAUGA